UUGGAUUUCUGGUCGUCAUGGUGACCAAUCGAGCGUCACACACAUACCUUGGCUCGUCAGACGGACACAGAUUACUUAUUCAUCCCAGAAUAUAUUAUAUCGUGUGUGACGUGUGUUUCGAUAGAAACUGCGAAUCUCUUUGCAGGAAAAGUACCAAACAAAACACAGCCUUGAUCUGGAUUAUUCGCUCCUCUCGCGUCCUCAGUGUCAGUGUUUCUCCAUCACCUGAACCGCCAGCAGCAGCAGCAGCGAGUAAAUAUGGUUGAAGAGAUAGAUCCCUCGGUGAUCCAACGCACUCAACAAAAGCUGGGAAAGUACAUUCAGCGACCUCAGCUGACGGAUAAACUCCUGAAACGUCCACCUUUCCGGUUUAUUCACGACAUUAUCACGGCCGUCAUCAGUCAGUAUGGCAUACUGGAGAAUGUUUUCACUAAACAGGAACUACUUUCUGAGAACAUCAAGGAAAAAGAAGACAAAAUAGCGUUCCUGCAAAAGUUUAUCUCCCACAUAUCAUCUGAACUUGGACAGAAUUUGAAUGUGAAGCCAUCCAAGAUUGUCGCUGGCAUUGAAGCUGGAAAAACAAAUGAUUUACUUCAAGCCUUGGCUCUGAUGCUUGAAAAUAAUAAGCAAAAUAGUAAUUCCCAACAAAAGAACAACACCUUGUCAGCCAAACCUGAGAAAAAGGUUUUGAAGAAAAGUGUUCCACCUGGCACUACUUCGAAAGAAAACAAUGUAUCAAGAUCUACAGCCAAAUCAGAUGCCAUCAACAGACAAGCACCCAACACGAAUAAAACCAAAGAUGUAGCCAAAUCAGGAGUCAGCAGUAACAAACCAAGUCAAUUUUCUACUUCUUCAUCAAAGCCUGCCUUGCCUAACAAAACAACGACUAACAAUAGUAAAACUGAGGAAGCUAAAAAAGAUCCUGGUGCCAGCAGUAGCAAUAGGAAGCCAGACAACUCAAGCAAAACAUCAUCAACCAAGCCAACUUCUAGUGUUUCAGUCAAAAUGAACAACAGCAGCUCCCGGAACGUGAAAGACGCUACAGCAACUCCCCGUAGCAGUAGAUCAUUAGAAAGAUCCCAGCAACAAAAUCAGAAAAAUAUUGUCGAAGAAACCAUUGCCGAUGAUGUGACGAACGUUGAUCCUCCGGACUAUUCCAACAAUGUUGACGAAGAACCCGUUAAAGAUUCAUCAAUAAUUAUCCCGACCGAUGGUUUCGAUGACAAAUCCUUACAUGUGUCUCCAGAUUUCCCUUCUAUAGACAGCGGGAUUACAAUCGAACAGCCUAUGGAUACAUCAACCAUCCGACCUUUAAAAUCUUUGGCUGCUCGAGAUCUACAAGAUGAAGGGAUCGACGAUUUGGCAGAAACGCAGGAGCCGCCUGAAAUGAUCUCCAGCAGGAUCGCACAGCUGUCACCACCUCAAACUAACAUCCUGAAUGCGUUCGAAAAGCCGAUUCCUAAUCGAAGUUUAAGUCCCAACUUGCCACUCAAGCGACCGGCCAGCGGAAGUCGGCCGAAAAGUUCUCGGCGUCCGCCUUCGAGGACCUCAAGAGAUAGACUUUCAGUCAUUCAACAGGACAGCAGACCUAUGACUGGCCAAGUGCCUCGAGUGAUUAUUGAAGGCAAUCCCAUGUCAGACGACGAAGAAGAUAGAAUAGUCCAGGCAGCUGUGUUUGAUCAAGCCACGGCCGAUCUCUCUCAAGCUGGCGCUGAUGAAUUCAUGGGCGGUGAACAGGGUAAACUAGUCGAACAAAUUUUAUCUGCCCAAAGAGAGUGGGAUCCCCUAUCGGAUAUGGAGUCUGGCAAUAGGGAGCAUGACAGCUCUUCAGCCCAAGUGCAGCAUCUGAAGAGUCUCAUCCAAGAAAUGGCGCAAGCCGCAUUGCCGCUGGGCCAGUUGAUCCCGCUCAUUCACGAAGAUAUGGAGACGGUGCAUCAGGAAUGGCAAUUUUGGAAGCGAGAAGCCGAUCUGCUGGAGGAAGAAUAUCAAAGAGAAAAAACAUCGAUUGACAGCGUCGUUGAAAAACUUCAGGCCGAGUUGGAGCAGUUGGACCGUGUCGUGCUCGAGCAUCAGAUGAGACUUAACACGGCCAAAGUUUCCGUCCUCAAAACAGAAAAAGACGUUUCGCUCGUGAUCUCAAAUUUCGGAAAGAAGCGCUAAUCUUUCAGAUGUCGCCGGUGUUUUGACUUUACAUUUUUGACAGUAAAUAAGCCCUAUUUUAAAAAUAAUAAUAAUAAUAUGAUCUCUAAUCGUUAAGAUAAAGAAAAGGUGGAAUGGAACGCCUUUAUUAAAACAUUCCAUUUUAUUUUAUCUCAAGUCAUCACUAAAAAAAUGUCAACAAACUAGAUUCUCUGUCGGACGUGCAAGUCGUUUCACGUAUUUUCGAGCAUCUUUUUGUUGUAACGACUGAAAUAAUGUUUCCCAUACUCGUACGAUGAAAUCAUGACUGCACAGGCCGGUGCUGCAAAAAGGCAAGAAAAGAUGAUAACCUUUGAACCUUGCAAAGAAAAGUGCAUUAGAAAUUUGUAUCAAUUAAGAAAUCGAACCUAUUUUGGCUAUUCGCGGUACUAGUCCCGCAAAAAGUCCCCCAACUCCUCGUUGCUGGUAGAUCCUUUGAAUGAUUUCUUUAGUUGUGCUGACCUUUCUCGGUGGCUCAUCUGUGAAAAGUGGAAUGGAAAAUAUCAGCAAUAAAUACUAUAAAAUAA